CCUGCUGCGGCGGCGGACGCAGUUUCCGGCCGCACGGCGGACCUCCCUGCGGUGGAGCUCGCUUCCGCUCCCAGAGUUCCCGCCCCCAGUUUAAACCGGGAAAAUGGCGGGGGCUCCCGAGUCGGUGGACGUUUUCCCUCCGCGGGAUACGGAGCGAGUGGCCGGGACAGAAGACCGGACCUCGGUCCCCGCCACCUCCCGUGAGGACUUCCGCGUGCGCUGCACCUCGAAGCAGGCCGUGACGGAACUAGUGGAAGAGUGCGGCCGCUUCGUGCGACAGCUCGGCGACGCGCUGCCGGAGGAGAUUCGGGAGCCUGCGCUGCGAGACGCGCAGUGGACUUUUGAAUCAGCUAUGCAGGAGAAUGUCAGUAUAAAUGGGCAGGCAUGGCAAGAAGCUUCAGAUGAUUGUUUCAGGGAUUCUGAUAUCAAAGAACUUGAAGAUCAGUUUGAUGAAGUCAUAGUAGAUUUAGCCACAAAACGUAAGCAGUAUCCCAGAAAGAUCCUUGAAUGUGUCAUAAAAAUUAUAAAAGCAAAACAAGAAAUUCUGAAGGAAUACCACCCUGUUGUACACCCAUUGGACCUAAAAUAUGACCCUGAUCCAGCCUCUCGUGUGGAAACUUUGAAAUGCAGAGGAGAAACAAUAGCUAAGGAGAUCAGUGAAGCCAUGAAGUCCUUGCCUGCAUUAAUUGAACAAGGAAAUGGAUUUUCCCAAGUCUUAAAGAUGCAGCCUAUUAUUCAGCUCCAGAGAAUCCACCAAGAAGUCUUUUCCAGUUGUAAUAGGAAGCCAGAUGUUAAACCUGAGAGCUUUAUAACACAAAUAGAAACGACACCAACAGAGACUUCUACCAGGAAAACCACUAACGUGGUACUGAAAAGAAAGCAAACUAAAGACUGCCCCCAGAGAAAAUGGUAUCCAUUGCGGCCAAAGAGAAUUAAUCUUGAUACAUAAGCUGUUUUUGUUUAUCUUGGGAGUUGAAAUUAGGCACUGUCAACAGUUAGAUUAAAGUGUAAUGCCUAGACAGGACUUCAUUUAAAACAAGUAACUCUUUAGUGAUUUCUUUAUACAGAUGUAGUAGCUCUGUUCUGGGAUAUGAUGUAAUGUAUUUCAUCUAAACAUUUCAUCUCUAGUCUAUGAAAAACAUAGUUUUAAAAUGUUGACACAAAGCCCAUCAGUGAAUAUUAACAGUGCAAUCUUUUACUGUCCUUAAAUGCCAUCUACUCUUGGCUGCCUUACAGCUUUUAAGGAAUUUCAUGAGUAAUAUUCUGUUGGGUUUCCUGGAUGUUCUGCUUUCUUUAAAAAAGAGCUGUGUAACAGUUGUCUUUAUUUAAGUGCUAACAGAACUCACCAGUUCUGCACAGGAACACAUGCAGGGGUUUUUUUGUUUCUGUUUUUGAGUGUUUUUUGUUUUCAGUGCAGUUUUAUCGAAUUAAUGUGCAAAUGACAAGACUGGCUUUGACUUUGUCACUCCAGUUCAGCUAAAAAAUUUAGAUCUAUGGGAUUAAUUUUAGGAGUUUAUUCUUGUUUUGUGUUAUAAGGCAACUAUUAUUUGUACAAAACUCUUAGAAACAAAAAUUGGCACAUAGUCAAUAUUUCUUGCCCACACUUUGUGUUCUAUAGACCUUUUAACUUUUAAACAUAAUUUGACUUGGGAGUAAUUUUUUAUAGGAUUUCUUAUUAUUUCUUUGUAUAUGACUCUAGUUCAAAAAUAUAUAUCAGAAUAAUACAUUAACAAAUUGUCAUGUGGAACAAAUACAGAUUUAAUCAAAGUGAACUAUUUUAUAUUUAAGGAUGUUUAUAUUUAAGGAUAUAAUCAUUGGUAGAAGUCUGAGAAAGCUAUAUUGCCCAUACUUCAAACAUAAAACUACAGUUUCUUAUAGCUCUUACUGUGUCUCUUACUCACAUUAAUACAGUGUAGGAAGGGCCAUCUAACUUGCCAACUGUUUCCCCUUUUAAUGAUUAUACUUCAUUCAUUUGCAAAGGAAUUUAAUAAUCAUGAGGUUGGAAAAUCUAUACUUCUCGUGUUUAUUAUGUGUUAAUCAUAAAUGUCAAAAUGUGACGAAGUCUGUCUGUAUUCAGAAAAUUUACAUAGCCACUUUAUUGCAUUCUGUAUUUUAAUGUUACAAUUUGAGAUCUGUAUGUUUGUGCAGAGCAGUUUGUUUUUUAUUAAAAUAAUGUGCAAUGACUAAA